AUGAAGACAUCGCGACGUAGACCCCAGCGCGUAUCUGCCGCCUGUGACUUUUGCCGAAGGCGGAAGCUUGGGUGCGAUAACGCGAAGCCAAAGUGUGAAAAUUGCCAGGGUCGGGCUAUCGAGUGCACCUAUUCUCAGAGAAUAGCUCAAGCUAGACCGUCUAAUGCGCGCAUACAGAAACUGGAGGAGGAAAAUGCUCGUUUACGAGAUCAAUUACGCUCCAGAAGUCCGGAGUUGAGCAGCGUGCAUUCUGAUGCUGACCAGGGAGGCAUUCACUUGAAUGGAAACCCGAAUCUCGUUGAAUCUAUCAUUACCCCGAACAGCUUCAGCGAUCAGACUCGUCCAACAAAGGCGCAAGCUGUCUCUCCUUCUAACCAUUUAUCAACUGGGCAACCCGAGGGUGCCGCUUUUCAUGGCCCUUCUAGUGGAGCUACACACAUAGGAACCGUUCAAGACCGGCCUCGCAUACCCAACUCCGACGAGUUUGUCAAGAACCAACUUUUGGCAGAGACAACUAGGCAACGUCAACUAGAAAAGGUCAAUCUCAGAGCCGGAAAGCUUGACUUCCGUGGCGUUGACCCAAAAGUCGGCAUGGAUCUUCUCUCCAAAUUCUGGAACCGCCAGCACUAUAUGGGCUCAAUCGUAUAUCGCCCAGCCUUUAUGCGCGGCAUGGCAUCCAAAGGUCCUUACUACUCCGACCUCCUCCUUACAGCCAUACUCUUCGCUGGGUCUAUGCAUACAGUUGAUGCAGCCGCUCUCCGAAGCACCGGCAAGCUGAAUUCCAUUGGGCGUCCAUAUCGCAUCAAGUUCGAGCAAGCCCUGCACGCUUCUGGCUCUCAGGUAUUGUUCAAGAGUGAUAUCACUACGAUCCAGGCGCUGCUUGUCGUUUCAGACGCCCUGUUUUCGUGGUGUAAUGAGAGGAGUCUCUCGUGGCAUUACUUAGGAAUCGCGAUUAGUAUGAUAAUCGAUCUUGGUCUGCACAUCGACGGCCCAGCUCGAAGAUCUUCAAAGAAAGUAACUGCUGAAGAUACAGAAAUUGAGCGCCGUGUCUUCUGGGCGACAUUCAUUUCGGACAAGGUCCAGUCUAUCUACCAAGGCCGUCCAACUCGGUUACGCGAGCAUGAUAACCGUGUACCGAUCGCAUUUCUUGAUGAAUAUGAAGAACUGGAGGAUUUUCAUACUCGAACGUACUCUGCUCAACCAUUUCAGUUGGAUUGUCCGACGUAUAGUGUCUCCACGUUUGAGCAGCUGUGCAAACUCAGCAUUAUCAUUGACCGUAUUCUAUGUGCUCUUUAUGCGGAGAGGAGCGCCACGAAGAAUGCCGAUCAAAUAUGGCAGACUGCCCACUCGCUCACCCGCGAUCUUAAAUCUUGGAAGGAUGGAUUGCCGGACAGUUUGAGAGUUGAUCUGAACGAUCCUGCUUCCUCUAACGUCCUUCCGCACAACCUAUCACUGCUGGCAUUGUUCAACUCCCUAGUCAUCUUGAUCUAUCGUCCUUUUCUUUCGGAAGGCCACCUUACAUCUGUCUCUGAAACAUCCGCACCCGAAGCCUUCUUCAACUGUGUCACAGCUGCGAUAGAGACUCAUCAGAUCUUACAAAUCUUCAAACAGCACUUUUGCUUUAGGACAGCGCCAUAUUUUAUAUCAUACGCCACCCCUGAUAUCAUGUAUCAAGGGCCCGACGCGUCAGUGGCGCAGCAGCCAACGCCUGACACGGCAGUCGACUUCUCUAGCCUGGAGGUUUCCGAUUUCGACAUCGAUCAGAUCAUGCAAAGCUUUCUGCUUGAAGCCCCUCCGAUGGCACCAGGAGCCUUUGUACCUAUGUCGCAGACAGGCUUCAACCAUUACGGCACUGGAGAUGAGGCGCUCACAAGUCGGGAUAUAGUGUUUGAUGACUUGUUUGGGUUCGACUCUAGUACAUCUUAG